CCUUCAUGUCAUGUUGUCUAUCUCUCAUUGGUCCAUGGCUGCUGGUUCAUUUUCUUGGAAUGUAUCAGCCUUGUUCUUCUGUUGCCACCAAUCAUCUGUCACUGUGGUCGCAAAAAAACAGCAAAUUGGGAACCACAAAUUGAUAAUCUUGCGGUGUAAAGGCCUGGAUGGCUAUAGAGACCGUCCUUCUUUUGCAAAAAAAUCUGACAUUAUUUUUCAUGAUAUGAAUGUUGAUGAUUGCCUGCCCAAAAUGUCUACUUUGUCUGCAGAGAUGUUAUACUAUGCAGAGAGUGGCUUCAUUCCUCAAGCGCACACUAUAUCGGAGCAACUUGUUAACAGUUCUUUUGUACCAUCAAUUAAAUUCAUCUCAAAAUUGUUUGAUGGUUAUGAAAAGCACAGGAAUUUCAACGGCAUGCUUGAGAUUCUACAUUAUGUCAGUUGGAGAAAUUUUGGCAUAUUACCUCAUGUUUACUCUUUGGCUAUCUCAUGCUUUGGAAGAGGAGGACAGCUCGAGUUGAUGGAAGAAACCGUAAAGGAAAUGGUUUCAAGGGGUUUCUGUAUCAGUUCCAAGACUGGUAAUGCUUUCCUUUUGUAUUACUGUAUUUUUGGUUCUUUGAAAGAGAUGGAGAAUGCAUAUGCACGCGUUAAGAGAUCUGGAUUUAUGAUAAACGAGGAAGCAAUCAGGGCCAUGGCCUCUGUAUAUACAAGGGAGAGAAAAUUCUAUCAUUUGGGUGAGUUCCUAAGAGAUGUGGGUCUAGGCAGGAAAAAUGUGGGGAACCUUUUAUGGAAUCUUAUGCUACUUUCUUAUGCUGCCAAUUUUAAAAUGAAAAGCUUGCAGCGAGAAUUUCUCAGAAUGGUGGAAGCUGGGUUCCGGCCUGACGUUACAACCUUUAAUAUUCGUGCUCUGGCCUUUUCAAGGAUGUCUUUGUUCUGGGACCUUCACCUCAGCAUCGAACAUAUGGUAGAUGCGAAAGUGAUCCCUGAUCUGGUGAUAUAUGGCUGUGUAGUUGAUGCAUACUUGGAUAAAAAGCUUGGAAAAAACCUGUACUUUGCUUUAAACAAGUUGAACUUGGAUCAUUCUCCGCAAUUAUUAACUGAUCCACUUGUGUUUGAGGCUUUUGGUAAAGGGGACUUUCAUACGAGUGCAGAAGCAUUUUUUGAGUUCAAGACGCACAGACAGUGGACUUACAGGGUUCUAGUACAAAAAUAUCUUAAAAGAUAUUACCGGAGAGACCAGAUAUUUUGGAACUAUUAAUUACUUGGCAGAUGUUUUAUACUGUACAAUGUCUGGCUAGGAU